AGAACUGGUAUUUUGGCAGGUGAGAGGGAAGGUUGGUGUCCCGGCAUCUUAGGAGAGAACAGUCAAGGCAGAUGGUUAUGGGUGGAUCAUGGCAGUGAUAACAACAGUCUUGGUUCUGGCUCUCCUCUCAGUGUCAACAACAGCAAAGGAGCACAAAGGCUUCUGGGAAUACUUCAGCCAGAGCGGCCAGGAGAAGGGCCGGAUAGAACAGAUGGAGCAGCAGAAGCUCAGCAAGGAGUUCCUGAACCUGAAAGCCAACAUUGAACAAGACCUCAGUAAUGUGGACACUUUCUUGGAGAAGCUAGAGCCCUUGGCUGGACAGGGAAAACAUCCUUUGCUUUUUUUGGACUCAAAGGAGCUGCAGCACCAACUACACAAGGAGUUGGAGGAGGUGAGGACCAGGCUGGCCCCUUACACCCAAGAGGUCCAACAGCGUGUGGGCUGGAAUCUGGAGGGCUUGAGGAGGCAGCUCCAACCCUAUACAGUGGAGUUGAUGGAGCGACUGGCCCUAGGGGUUCAGGAACUGCAGGAGCAGCUGAAAAUGGUUGGGGAGGACACCAAGAACCAAUUGCUGGGGGGUAUGAAUGAGGCCCGGGAUCUGCUUCAGAAAUUUCAGGACCAAGUGGCUCAUCAUACAGGGAGGGUAAAAGCACUGUUCCACCCUUAUGCUGAGAGGCUGGUGACAGGAAUUGGGCAGCAUGUUCAGGAACUGCAUAGAAAUGUGGCUCCACAUGCUGCCACCAGCCCAGCUCGCCUCAGCCACUAUAUCCAGGCUCUGUCAAAAAAGCUGACCCUUAAAGCCCAGGCCCUGCACACCCGCAUCCAGGACAACUUGGACCAGUUACGGGAUGAGCUCACUGCCUAUGCCGGGGCCAGGGAGGAUGAGGAUGUGGGAGGGUUAGGGCAAGAUUCCCAGCUGUCCUCAGAGGAACUGACAAAGGAGGUACAGCAGCGGCUGGAGGCCUUUCGUCUUGAUACCUUCCAGGAGAUUGCUGAUUUCACUAGAGCCAUUGACCGUGAAACAGAGGAAUUACAACAGCAGCUGGCUCCACCUCCCUCUGCCCAUAAUGCCUUCUCUCCAGAGCAGCAGGGGGAUAAUGGGGACAGGAAGGUGCUGGGAGAGCUAAGAUCUCGCCUUGAUGCUCUUUGGGAAGACAUUCAUUAUAAUCUCCAAGAUCAGGGUCAUGGCCUGUCUGGGACUCCCUAAAGACCUUCCCUAGGCUCCAGGACCUUUUGCUCCAUCUCUUCCUCUAAGGAGGCCUCAAACCCAAGUCUCCAGCACCCACUCAGUUGUCAAUAAUCCCUUUGUUGGGACCAAAGGUGGCUAACUCUAAGCAAGACACAGACACAUCCUAAUGUCUGAGGCUCUGGCCUCAGACUAGAAAGUUGCCCUCACCUAUGGGAUCAGCAUCCUUUUGUCUGGUUCUCUGAUCUAUUUCAAUUGCCAGGUUUGGCAAACCCAUGUUUUCCAUCUCCCCACUUAUGAAUCAGGAGUGAUGUCUCAGCCAAGGGAGCAGAGUUACAAAGGCUACUUGAAGAUUUCUGCUUAGCUGCAAGCUUGCUUGCUAAGCCUGUGGUUCAUGGGUGUUGCUUAAGUGGGAUCAUCUUAGAUCAGGGUGCUUGCCUCUAGACAGCUUCUAGUCACUGCUGGUCCAUAGGGCUGACUUGAUGCCUUUAAUGAAAGUUGAUGCUGUAUGGGGAACUGAAGAGAGAAGAGAAUGUAUGUGUGUGUGUAUGUGUACAUGUGCAUGUGCGUGUGCAUGUGUGUGUGUGUGUGUGUGUGUGUGUGUAUUUGUGUAUGUAUGUAUAUGAGCCCUGUUGGGUUUGAAGCUGAUCAGCAAGGGCCUUGUUCCUGUACAUAAAAGGACCCGGGAUAUUUCAAAGACAUCUGAAGCUGGACUUCUGUCACUGAGGCCCUGCUAGGCUGCCUGGGACUAGGUAACUUGUUGAGUUACAAACUGUAUGCCCUCUUCAUGAUAUAAACUUAUUUUUUUUCGUGUUGUGAGUUUUGUUAAUAUAUGAAUGCACUGAAA